CUUGAAACUCAUGUCUACCAAUUGAAUAUUAGGAGGUCUAAUUGCGAUAACCCCAUUUAAACUCUGUUUUGUCAGCGGCUGAAAACAUAAAGUUCCAAUUUUGUGCUCUCAGAAUGAACAGAGAAGACAAAGGAGAAGAAGAAGAAGAAAUUGUUUGCUUGGAAUCCUUCUUUAUCAAUAAUGAUUACCAGCUCACCACUUUCACUUUUGGCUCUCAAGUUCUUCAACUCUUCUGCCUUCAGUCUGCUUCUACUGAUUUUGAUUUGACAGGACAAUUGGUGUGGCCUGGUGCUAUGCUUAUGAAUGAUUACAUCUCAAAAAAUGCUGAGCUGCUGCAAGGAUCUUCUAUUGUUGAAUUAGGCUCUGGUGUUGGAAUUACUGGCAUCCUCUGCAGCAGAUUUUGCAGUGAAGUUGUUUUAACUGACCAUAAUGAUGAAGUGCUCAAGAUUCUGAAGAAAAAUAUUGAUCUCCAUACAUCCAUGGAAAAUCCUAGUUGUAAAGCUGGAUUAGGAGUUGAGAAGCUAGAAUGGGGGAAUUCUGAUCAGAUCAACCAAAUUUUACAAAAAUAUACUGGAGGAUUUGAUCUAAUUCUUGGAGCUGACAUUUGCUUUCAACAGUCGAGCAUUCCUCCACUAUUUGACACUGUGGAACAAUUUCUCCGCAUCAGGGAAAAAGGACAGUGCAAAUUCAUUCUAGCCUAUGUAUCCCGAGCGAAGAUGAUGGACACAAUGGUUAUCAGGGAAGCUGCUCGUCAUGGAAUGCUGAUAAAUGAAAUACCUGGAACUUGUUCUGUUGUUGGAAAUCUUCAAGGAGUUAUUUUUGAGAUCACACUUGAAUAGACAUGUCAACACAUUGCAAAUGACAGCUUAUUAAGUGAAACCAAAGAAAAUCUGGGUAAGACUGGGAAACAAGAAAAAACAGUUAUGGAUCUUUCAUUUUGCUCAAAAAGUAAUUUAGAGUACUAGUUGAGUUCAGGGAGCAAAUUUCUUGGUACUCAGAAUUUAUCUUAUCCUGCUAAUCAUUUGAAUAGAACUGUUUAUUUUUCCUGGGGGGUGUAGCUUCUAUGCAGUACAUUGAAGAAGAAAAGAAAAAAUGUGUUACCUGUCU